UUUCUCUCUCUACAAAAAACCAGAACUCAUUUUAUAUUAAACCCCACCAAACCAGAACUCAUUUUAUAUUAAACCCCACCACCGGUUGUGUGCCUUAAAUCAAGCUCUACUUCACAAUUUAAAAGGCUCGAAACCAAGGCAUAAAAACCAUCGUCAAAUCCAACCCGCAGGUUUUAAAAACCGCUUACAUUUCUCUCUUAUCUCCUUAUAAAGCCCACCACCCGUGUAUUACAGUGAAAAGAGCGUUUUUAGAGAGAAAAAGUGCCUGUUUAAGAGAGAGAAGAGAACCCACUAGAGUGAGUCCCUGAUCGAAGAGAGAAACAUAAUUCAGAGGGAGUUUUUAGAGAGAAAGUCCCGCUUCAAGAGAGAGAAGCGAGAGUGAGUCCUGAUCGAAGAGAAAAACAUAAUUCAGAGCUGAGUGUGCAUCCACCAGAGUCUAGAGAAAGAGUGCAUCCAUUAGAGAGAAGGAUGGAUAUGACGAUCGGCAGCAUCGACACAGUAAAAGCAGAGAACAACAACGUGGGAUUUCCUCCAUGUCCAUUCCCUGUGUCCGCAAUCCAAAGCUCGACGAGCCCAACGAGUGUGAGCUCGGAUUCGACACUUGGUCGCCACGUGGCUCGACGCCUGGUUCAAGUGGGUGUGACCGAUGUCUUCUCAGUGCCAGGUGAUUUCAACCUCACUCUUCUCGACCAUUUGAUUGCGGAACCAUGCCUGAACCUUGUUGGGUGCUGUAACGAGCUCAAUGCCGGCUAUGCGGCGGAUGGCUUCGCGAGGGCGAAGGGUGUUGGUGCUUGUGUUGUUACUUUCACAGUUGGGGGUCUCAGUGUUAUCAACGCCAUUGCUGGAGCUUACAGUGAGAAUUUGCCAGUGAUUUGCAUAGUGGGUGGGCCAAAUUCGAAUGAUUAUGGCACGAACAGGAUUCUGCAUCAUACGAUUGGGCUGCCUGAUUUUAGCCAGGAGCUUCGGUGCUUUCAGAAUGUUACUUGUUACCAGGCUGUGGUGAACAAUUUGGAUGAUGCGCAUGAACUGAUUGACACUGCUAUCUCCACUGCUCUGAAGGAAAGCAAACCUGUUUACAUAAACAUAAGCUGCAAUCUGCCUGCCAUUCCUCACCCAACUUUCAGUCGAGAGCCGGUUCCCUUCUGCAUCGCGCCCAAGGUGACCAAUCAAAUAGGCCUUGAAGCCGCCGUUGAAGCAACUGCCGAGUUCUUGAACAAGGCAGUGAAACCAGUACUGGUGGGCGGCCCGAAACUCAGAGUUUCAAAGGCAAGGGAAGCAUUUGUGGAGCUUGCCGAUGCUUGUGGCUAUGCAGUGGCGAUUAUGCCAUCAGCUAAGGGCCUCAUCCCUGAAAACCACCCUCACUUCAUUGGGACCUAUUGGGGAGCUGUGAGCACUGCAUUUUGUGCUGAGAUUGUGGAAUCAGCUGAUGCCUAUUUGUUUGCAGGGCCAAUCUUUAAUGACUAUAGCUCAGUUGGUUAUUCACUUCUUUUGAAGAAAGAGAAAGCGAUUAUUGUUCAGCCUGAGAGAGUGGUGGUGGGCAAUGGCCCAGCCUUCGGUUGUGUUCUUAUGAAAGAUUUCCUCAAAGCUUUGGCAAAGAGGGUGAAACGUAAUCCCAUGUCCUUCGAGAAUUGUAAGCGUAUUUAUGUUCCGGAAGGGGUGCCACUCAAGGGUGCACCGGGUGAGCCCUUGAGGGUUAAUAUCCUCUUCAGGCAUAUACAGGGCAUGCUGUCUAGUAACAAUGCUGUGAUUGCAGAAACAGGGGAUUCCUGGUUUAAUUGCCAAAAGUUGAGGCUCCCUCAAGGAUGCGGAUAUGAGUUCCAAAUGCAGUAUGGAUCAAUUGGUUGGUCUGUGGGUGCGACGCUUGGUUAUGCUCAGGGUGCGAAGGAUAAGCGAGUGCUUGCAUUUAUAGGCGAUGGGAGUUUUCAGGUAACUGCACAGGAUGUUUCAACGAUGUUACGGUAUGGACAGAAGAGCAUAAUCUUCCUCAUAAACAAUGGGGGAUACACAAUAGAGGUUGAGAUCCACGAUGGCCCUUACAAUGUUAUAAAGAACUGGAAUUACACCGCUCUCGUGGAGGCCAUUCACAACGGCGAAGGCAAAUGCUUGACAGCCAAGGUUCGAACUGAGGAGGAGCUCUUGGAGGCUAUUGAGAAAGCAACUAGCGAAAAAUACACAGAUAGCCUCUGUUUUAUAGAGGUUAUUGUUCACAAAGAUGAUACUAGUAAAGAGUUGCUAGAGUGGGGAUCAAGAGUCUCUUCAGCCAAUUGCCGGUCCCCCAACCCUCAGUAAAUGGUGUCACAAGCGUUUUACCUCCUUCACUGUAAUGGGGAGGCAGUAAAUAAGAGUCGGGUUUUUUCAGGUCUUUUUCUGCUUAAUUUUUUGUUGCAUGUCUGUUGAUCUAGCGAGAUCGAGAGUCGAGUGUCCUUCUAUGCUCAAAAGUGUAAAUUGUUUCGGUGUUGGUUAGUGUUUUAAAAUGCGGCCGCAUCGCCGCAUACGCGGCCGCAUCAUCAGAGUGCCCAACCAUGAUUAAUCUUUUGUAAUCCUGAUAUUUGAUCAUUCCUACUGAUUAUGCUUUUAGUAUAUGAAUGGCUAUUUAUGGUGAUGGAUGAUGAACUCAUAUUUAGGAAAAAUAUAUAUUUCUUUGGUCA